GUGAGAAUUUUAAACGAGGUGUAUGUGAUAACUUCAAUAAAUUAAAAAUUUGUUUAGGUAAGAAAAAGGACGAUGAACAGUAGCAGAGCGCGGGUGCCGAAGUGCGCUCGGUGCAGGAACCACGGGCUCAUCUCCAGCCUGCGCGGCCACAAAAAGGCCUGCGCGUACCGCCACUGCCAGUGCCCCAAGUGUGGUCUCAUCAAGGAGAGGCAGCGGAUUAUGGCUGCACAGGUUGCACUAAAGAGACAACAGGCGGCGGAAGAUAAAAUAGCGUUGCAUUUAGCUUCAGUGGAGAGUGGCACAGCUUUGGAGACAUUACCACCGGGGAGGAUCUACGGUAUGCGAGUCACCGGCCCCUGUCCAAGUCCUGGACCUGAACCCGAUUCCGCACAUGAAGACCAAACUCCUAUUCACAUCGACAGCGAGACGAGUGACUCUUUGCCAGACUGCGCGUCCCCAGACUCCGCCGGCAGUGCUCUAGCAGCCAGACCACGUGUUCAAAAUGAAGAUACAUCAGAGAGCGAAGGUACAGUCAGUACGGCGGGUAUAGAGAUGCUGAGGAAGUUGUUCCCGGGCAAAAAGCGAUCUGUAUUAGAAUUGGUUCUGCGACGUUGCAAUCACGACUUGCUGCGGGCCGUUGAGCACUGCAAUGCCAUUCAUGGCCAACAGGAGAAAAUCGCGUCACCCAACGCUGGAUCUAGUACUAGUUUCGAAACUUCAGUAUCAAGUUCGGAGGAAGUUGAAUCUAGAUGGUCUGCGUUCCGUCCCGUCGGUCCCCGGGCACCUUUACUGCCUGCUCUAGUGAUGGGCCGAGUCUGCGGCUCCGAUUGGCUGGUGCCAUUACCAGCGUUGCCCGCUCUGAGCACUCCGCUAUUGUUUCCUUUACAGCAUCCUCAUGGACCGCAAACUCCGUGUAACCCAUGCUCCCCUGAUUGCAGACAAUGUAAUCGCCAUUAAUAUUCGUUCUUCUUCCA